UAAAACCUGCUCCGACUGGGUGUCGGUCUGUCGUCGGUCGGUCGGUCGGGGAGUGAAGUGAGCUCGGCGUGCCGCUGGUGUCGGACUGUUGUCUGUCUUCCGUUUCGUCCAGUGUUUUUUUUGUCGUUCUGUGGCGUCACCCGACAGUCUGAAGUCAGGAAGCCGGCCGUGUCGCCGCUUUAUGGGGCGUUGUGGAGAAGUUCCCGAAGUGCUCUUUGAGGAACCGGUGGACGGCGGACACCACCGGAGAUGGAUAAGCUAACCGAUAGCUGAGUGGUUAGCCGAGAAUCAUAGGUCAACUAGCAUGCUAGCGGCUAGCUAGUUUAGCAUUGAAUCGGCUAAUCGACUUUGUUUACCUCCUGUCGUCCAAACUACUGUCGGUCGUUCCUCGGGCCCGGCUGCUACACGGUGAAUCACCUGUCAGAGGCCGACCAACCCCCCGCAAGACGCCCCGGGCCGCGCGAUAAGGAACAGGAAAGAGGAGGAUCGUUGCCAGGCGGCUGUUGUUCAUCUCCCAGCCCCGGACACAACAUGCUGUCCAACGCACAGAAGCAGCCGCCGUUCCCCAGCGCGGCGGGCCAGUUCCUCCCCUUCCACGCCAGGGCCACCUUACAGAUGAAGAAGAGCGUCAUCACGGAAGACUACAAGGUGACCAGCCACGUGCUGGGCCAGGGCAUCAACGGCGACGUGCUCGAAAUCGUCCAGAAAAAGACCGGAGACGAAUACGCGCUGAAGAUCCUGCAGGAUUGUGCCAAGGCCCGUAGGGAAGUUGAGCUCCACUGGCGGGCGUCACCUUGUGCCAACAUCGUGCGCAUCAUUGAUGUCUAUGAGAACCUCUAUCAGAGCAAAAAGUGUCUGCUAAUUGUCAUGGACCGCAUGAAAGGUGGUGAGCUUUUUAGUCGUAUCCAGGACAGAGGAGACCAGGCCUUCACAGAGAGAGAGGCCUCUGAUAUCAUGAAGAACAUAGGAGAGGCCAUCCAGUUCCUGCAUGCAAUCAACAUUGCACACAGGGACGUUAAGCCAGAGAAUUUACUGUAUUCGACAAAGAGGCCUAGUGCCCUGCUCAAACUCACAGACUUUGGCUUUGCCAAGGAAACCACCACACACAACUCUUUAGCUACGCCCUGCUUCACACCCUACUAUGUUGCUCCAGAGGUUCUUGGCCCAGAGAAAUAUGACAAGUCAUGUGACAUGUGGUCGUUGGGUGUCAUCAUGUAUAUCUUGUUGUGUGGGUACCCUCCUUUUUAUUCUAACCAUGGUCUCGCCAUCUCUCCUGGGAUGAAGAGGAGGAUCAGGUUGGGACAGUAUGAGUUUCCCAACCCUGAAUGGUCUGACGUAUCAGAAGAAGCUAAACAACUGAUUAGGAACCUCCUAAAGACUGAGCCAACCCAAAGGAUGACCAUCACAGAGUUCAUGAAUAAUCCAUGGAUCAAUCAAUCAAUGGAUGUACCCCAGACUCCACUUCACACCAGCCGUGUACUAAAGGAGGAGAAGGACGCAUGGGAGGAUGUCAAGGAGGAAAUGACCAGUGCCUUGGCAACAAUGAGGGUUGACUAUGAGCAAAUCAAGAUCAAGACCAUUGAGGACUCAACCAAUCCACUGUUAACGAAACGGAGGAACAAAGCCAGUAACCCCAUGGCGAACCCACAGUCUGCUGCCCACUGAAAGAUGCACGCAUGCAUGCACAUAUAAACACAGGUUGUAAAAAGGAAGCAAUAAUUUGUCGACACACCAUCUUGCAUGGAUUUUCUCAGUGUUUUAUUUUUUCAUGGCAAAUUUCUAAUGUUUUUUUAAGGAGUGUUUUUUGUUUUUAUUACUCUACCAUUUUAACCAACCCGCCUCUCUGGCCUGGCAGAGGGGGGUCGGGUUGAUCUGUGUUUGUACACCAGUGAAGAGAUUAUGAAUUUACUAAAAGUAGAGGAAAGGGAAUCUGUGCGAUCUCUCUCUUCUCCUUUCCUAAAUAUCAGGUUGUGUGCUCAGAGGGGCCUGAAUGUUGGGACAGGACAUGAAGCCUUAGCAUCAGCAGUAGUUAUCUUUCACCCCACAGCCAUGUUCUAGCUCUUGCCCCAAACCUGUGAAUGUUAAAUCAAAUGGCUAAAUCCCCCAAAAAAGCAAGGGAAGGUAUCUUUUACAUACAUGCAAAGUAAGCAGAUGUAUUUUGAACUGACAAGUAGAAUGUAUGGACGCUGUCCCUGAUUGUCGGAGUUGGCUAGAAAUAGUCGCCCAUUUCUAGGAUUUGUACUGGGCGUGUCUGUCAGGUUGAGUUUGUCUUUGUGAAUGUCGAACAGAGGCCUAUGCACUCACAAGGGCCCCGUGCCAUUCAGACUGAGCAUCUCACGCGUCGUCAUCGUCCUCCUCUAUUAUGUUGAUGUAUACUUGUUUUUCAGGUACAUGGUUUUAGGGCAGAGAAGGUUUAAGAACAGAACCUGACUGGUCUUUCUCCUGCAUGUAGCUCACAGGCGAGUAGCAGACAAAAGAUACUGUAUUUUUUCAUGGAUUUUAUGAACAUUUUAGAAUAGGCCUUACGGAGUGUUGCUAAACCAGCAGAUUACAUUUUAACCCCUACCUACCAUUUGGUUCAGGCUUUUACCAAUGUUAUGCUUCAGAAUUUAUAACAUUGCCAGAUUAUAUUUCAGGUUAAUGCUAUGCAGAUGUGUUUGUCAGCUUGAAGUACUGCUAGGGCCUUUUUUUUGUAUAAGUUUGAUUUCUGUUUGCAGAUGUGUCUCGCAAACAAUAGGGAGAGUGUGUGUGUGUUUUGUGUAAGCAGUUGCACCCUCUAGGGAGAACACAGAUCGGACUGGUCAUUUAGAGUUACUGUCGGUUACACCAGCUCAACUGUCGGCAGCCUCAGCGGAAACUAAUCUGGUUUCGGUGUUCCCCAACACGUCUCCUCCUAUCUUCCUGGAGGAUCGAUAGGAAGCAGAAAGUACUAAUGAGCUGUUCCUGAGUCUGACAUACCACCAGCAAACUGUCAUCACAUUCAAAGAGGGUGUGAUGGUUGGUUCCUCUUCUAUGUUCUGCUAACACAACAGGACACUUCCCAGCUCACUUUGGGAUCAUGGGAAAUGAUUGUGUUACUUUUGUCAGUUUGGGCCACAUCACUUUGUAAAAUCACAUGCACAUUAGCUGUCUUAUCACACAUGAAAAUCUCACUGUAAAAAAUGUUCAUUGAAUGUUUGAGGCAAUGUUCCCUCCUUCUAACUUUCUUUUUUAACUUGUUUGUAUGUUUCGUUUUUAUCCCUCUCUACACCUUUUUUUUUGUAGUGAAAGCACAGAUGUGUUUUUGAAAAAAAAUUUCCCCUGCCCCCAGUCGUUCAGUCUGUUCAGCUCCACCUGCCGUACUUUCUGCUUCAGCUUUAGAUUAAAAAACACAUAAAGCACAAA